CUGGCAUGUCUUUGGUCAUCAGCUCUCUGGGUCUCCUUAUGGCCCUGCUUCUGGGCUGUAUGGCUGAAGAAUCCCCCAGGUUCAUCAAGGAGCCCCGGGAUCAGAUUGGGGUGUCAGGCGGUGUGGCUUCCUUCGUUUGCCAGGCCACUGGAGACCCCAAGCCACGGGUGACUUGGAACAAGAAAGGCAAGAAGGUGAACUCCCAGCGGUUUGAGACAAUUGAGUUUGAUGAAAGCGCUGGUGCGGUGCUUCGGAUCCAGCCCCUGAGGACCCCCCGGGACGAGAACGUGUAUGAAUGUGUGGCGCAGAACCCUAUUGGGGAGAUCACCGUGCACGCUAAGCUCACUGUCCUCCGAGAGGACCAGCUGCCCCCCGGUUUUCCCAACAUCGACAUGGGCCCCCAGCUGAAGGUAGUAGAGCGCACGAGGACCGCCACCAUGCUCUGUGCAGCCAGUGGAAACCCAGACCCCGAAAUCACCUGGUUCAAAGAUUUCCUUCCGGUGGACCCAAGUACCAGCAAUGGCAGGAUCAAACAGCUGAGAUCAGAGACCUUUGGUGCCCUGCAGAUUGAGAGCAGCGAAGAGACGGACCAAGGGAAGUACGAGUGUGUGGCCAGCAACAGCGCGGGCGUGCGCUACUCGUCCCCGGCUAACCUAUAUGUGAGAGUACGCCGGGUGGCCCCCCGUUUCUCCAUCCUGCCUGUCAGCCACGAGAUUAUGCCUGGAGGUAACGUCAACAUCACCUGUGUAGCCGUGGGCUCCCCCAUGCCCUACGUCAAGUGGAUGCAGGGGGCUGAGGACCUGACCCCCGAGGAUGACAUGCCUGUUGGGCGUAAUGUCCUGGAGCUCACCGAUGUCAAGGACUCAGCCAACUAUACAUGCGUGGCCAUGUCCAGCCUGGGUGUCAUCGAGGCCGUGGCACAGAUUACAGUGAAGUCCCUCCCCAAGGCCCCUGGAACCCCAGUAGUGACAGAGAAUACGGCCACCAGCAUCACCAUCACAUGGGACUCGGGCAAUCCUGACCCCGUAUCCUAUUAUGUCAUUGAGUACAAGUCCAAGAGCCAGGAUGGCCCUUAUCAGAUCAAAGAGGACAUCACCACCACCCGCUACAGCAUUGGGGGCCUCAGCCCCAACUCGGAGUAUGAGAUCUGGGUGUCGGCUGUCAACACUAUAGGACAGGGUCCUCCCAGCGAGUCAGUAGUGACCCGGACCGGGGAGCAAGCCCCAGCCAGCGCCCCCCGAAACGUGCAGGGCCGCAUGCUCAGUGCCACCACCAUGAUCAUCCAGUGGGAGGAGCCAGUGGAACCCAAUGGCCUGAUUCGUGGCUAUCGUGUCUAUUACACCAUGGAGCCUGACCACCCUGUUGGGAACUGGCAGAAGCACAAUGUGGAUGACAGUCUCCUGACUACCGUGGGCAGUCUGUUAGAGGAUGAGACCUACACGGUCCGAGUCCUGGCCUUCACCUCUGUGGGUGAUGGACCCCUCUCGGAUCCCAUCCAGGUCAAAACACAGCAGGGAGUACCUGGACAGCCCAUGAACUUCCGGGCAGAAGCUAAGUCAGAGACCAGCAUCAGCCUGACAUGGAGUGCCCCUCGGCAGGAGAGUAUAGUGAUGUAUGAGCUACUCUACCGGGAAGGAGACCAUGGCAAAGAGGUAGGGAAAAACUUUGGACCCACAACUUGGUUCAUCGUGGAGGACCUGAAGCCCAAUACUGAGUACACCUUCCGCCUGGCAGCCCGCUCUGCACAAGGCCUGGGGGCCUUCACCUCGGAGGUCAGGCAGCGCACUCUCCAGUCUAUCUCGCCCAAAAACUUCAAGGUGAAGAUGGUGAUGAAGACCUCGGUGCUGCUGAGCUGGGAAUUCCCUGAGAACUACAACUCCCACACGCCCUACAAGAUCCAGUACAAUGGGCUCAACAUUGAUGUCGACGGCCGUACCACCAAGAAACUCAUCACCAACCUCAAGCCCAGCACCUUCUACAACUUUGUGCUGACCAACCGCGGGAACAGCAUGGGUGGCCUGCAGCAGACGGUCGCCGCCUGGACAGCCUUCAAUAUGCUGAGCUCUAAGCCCUCCAUCACCCACAAGCCUGAGGCGGAUGGCCGCGUGCUGGUGCAGCUUCCCGACGGCCAGAGCCCGGUGCCCGUCCAGAGCUACUUCAUCGUGGUAGUGCCUUUGCGGAAGACCCGGGGGGGCCAGUUCCUGAAUCCUCCAGCAAGCCCGGAGGACAUGGACCUCGAAGAGCUCAUCCAGGACAUCUCAAGGCUGCACCGGCGGAGCCUGCGCCAUUCCCGCCAGCUGGACUCCCCCAAGCCCUACAUCGCCGCCCGCUUCUACUCUCUGCCCUCGCGCUUCGAGCUGGGUGACCAGAGACACUACAGCGGCUUCGACAACAAAGGGCUCGAGGCCGGCCAGAGAUAUGUCUUCUUCGUCCUGGCCGUGCUGCAGAAGACGGAGCCGACAUUCGCGGCCAGCCCUUUCUCCGACCCCAUCCAGCUGGACAAUCCUGACCCACAGCCCAUCAUUGAUGGGGAGGAGGGCCUCAUCUGGGUCAUCGGACCUGUCCUGGCUGUCGUCUUCAUCAUCUGCAUCGUGAUCGCCAUUCUUCUCUACAAGAACAAACGGAAGGACUCGGAGCCACGCACCAAAUGCCUGCUGAACAACGCCGAUCUCGCCCCACACCACCCGAAGGACCCCGUGGAAAUGAGGCGCAUCAAUUUCCAGACACCAGAUUCUGGCCUCAGCAGCCCCCUCAGUGACCCCGAGUUUCACUUUGAAAGUAUGCUCAGCCACCCUCCCAUCCCCAUCACCGAGAUGGCUGAGCACACAGAGCACCUCAAAGCCAAUGACAACCUGAAGUUAUCCCAGGAGUAUGAGUCUAUUGACCCUGGACAACAAUUCACAUGGGAGCACUCUAAUCUGGAGGUGAAUAAGCCCAAGAACCGUUAUGCCAAUGUCAUCGCCUACGACCACUCCCGGGUCAUUCUUCUCCCCAUGGAAGGCAUCGUGGGCAGCGAUUACAUCAACGCCAACUACAUAGACGGCUAUCGCAAGCAGAACGCGUACAUCGCCACGCAGGGGCCCCUGCCCGAGACCUUCGGCGACUUCUGGCGCAUGGUGUGGGAGCAGCGCUCGGCCACUGUGGUCAUGAUGACCAAGCUGGAGGAGAAGUCCCGGAUCAAGUGUGACCAGUACUGGCCCAGCCGGGGCACAGAGACCUACGGGGUGAUCCAGGUCACCCUGCUGGACACGAUCGAGCUGGCCACGUUCUGCGUCCGGACCUUCUCCCUGCACAAGAAUGGUUCCAGCGAGAAGCGUGAAGUACGCCAGUUCCAGUUCACGGCGUGGCCAGACCACGGCGUCCCCGAGUACCCAACGCCCUUCCUGGCCUUCCUGAGAAGAGUGAAGACCUGCAACCCGCCCGACGCAGGCCCCAUUGUGGUACACUGCAGCGCCGGCGUGGGCCGGACGGGCUGCUUCAUCGUCAUAGACGCCAUGCUGGAGCGCAUCAAGCCCGAGAAGACGGUGGACAUCUACGGCCACGUGACCCUCAUGCGCUCCCAGCGCAACUACAUGGUGCAGACGGAGGACCAGUACAGCUUCAUCCACGACGCCCUCCUGGAGGCCGUGGCCUGCGGCAACACCGAGGUCCCCGCCCGCAACCUCUACUCCUACAUUCAGAAGCUGGCCCAGGUGGAGAGCGGCGAGCACGUCACGGGCAUGGAGCUGGAGUUCAAGAGGCUGGCCAACUCCAAAGCCCACACGUCCCGCUUCAUCAGUGCCAACCUGCCCUGUAACAAGUUCAAGAACCGCCUGGUGAACAUCAUGCCCUACGAGAGCACACGUGUGUGCCUGCAGCCCAUCCGCGGCGUGGAGGGCUCUGACUACAUCAACGCCAGCUUCAUCGACGGCUACCGGCAGCAGAAGGCCUACAUCGCCACCCAGGGGCCCCUGGCAGAGACCACCGAGGACUUCUGGAGGAUGCUGUGGGAGAACAACUCCACCAUCGUGGUGAUGCUCACCAAACUGCGCGAGAUGGGCCGGGAGAAAUGUCACCAGUACUGGCCGGCAGAACGCUCAGCCCGCUACCAGUACUUUGUGGUGGACCCCAUGGCUGAGUAUAACAUGCCCCAGUACAUCCUCCGGGAGUUCAAGGUCACUGACGCCCGGGACGGUCAGUCCCGGACUGUCCGCCAGUUCCAGUUCACAGACUGGCCAGAGCAAGGUGUGCCAAAGUCGGGCGAGGGCUUCAUUGACUUCAUCGGCCAAGUGCACAAAACCAAGGAGCAGUUUGGCCAGGACGGGCCCAUCUCCGUCCACUGCAGUGCUGGCGUGGGCAGGACUGGGGUCUUCAUCACGCUCAGCAUCGUCCUGGAGAGGAUGCGCUACGAGGGGGUGGUGGACAUCUUCCAGACGGUGAAAAUGCUACGGACACAACGGCCGGCCAUGGUGCAGACGGAGGAUGAGUACCAGUUCUGCUAUCAGGCCGCCCUCGAGUACCUCGGAAGUUUUGACCACUAUGCAACAUAAGAAGCCAUCCCUCCCCACGCCACCACGGCCCGGACGAGAGGAAGGGGCCUCCAACCGAUUACCACAAACUGAACCCAACAAGUACCUUUUAAUUUGGACAUCACGGCGAGAACGCGGGGGAGGGGGGAGGGCUCGCUUCCGGAAGGUCGCAGCAUGAACUCCAGGAGCCGGGGCCGGCCUGAGCAGCGGGGGCUCCUUACCUCAAGCCGGCUCUGGGGCCCGGGCCACCUUGCCCCUCCCCAGCCCUCCCCCACACCCCGGGGAGGGGCACCGCCGCUCGGGUCCCCUUCUUAAGAGUUUGGUUUCUUUAUUAUUCUGGUCGGCCCUUCUGGGGGAAGCCGGCCCCUCCGAACAUGCCCCCACCGCCACUCUCGCACGCAGAGCCCCGCCGCAGCCCUGAGCCAACUACCGCACCGACGUACCGCGCUGGGGGAGAGACUCGCUACGGCACGCCCCGCUCUCCCGGGGUGCUGGGCUCCUAUCACCCUUUUGAAUACUUGGAACAUUCCUCAUUUCCUUUUUGAUUCCAAAAAAAAGUUCUUUCUGGAAAGAUUGAGAAAAAGACACAGGGGGAGGGGCAGCGCGGCUCGUGGCGCCCCCGCCCGCGGGAGCUGUGGGGGCGGGGCGGAGCAGAGGAGUCUCCACGUCUCCCGCAGACUGCCCCUCCUCCCUCCCGCCUGCCACGGCCUCCUAAACCCUAGCAUUCGGACUCGAAGGGACCUUAGAAAUCUAGGCUCCAUCACUUUACAGAGGCCGCCGCCACGCUGUCCCCGCCCCCUCGGGAUGAGCAGGAGGUCUCCGGAGGGGGCCCCCCACCCCCCUCGCAGCCGUCAGAUCCAUCGGGAAAGGGCAGAGCCUCGGCCCUGCGCUGUGAGCGGCUUUCUUUACCGUAUCGAUGUAACUGUAACCAGUGACAUUACCGUUUUUUUUUAAAUAGUGUAUUUUUUCCUUUUUUUAAAAAAAACAACUGACAGAAUACGAGUCAAUGAAUUUAAAAGAAAAUUUGCUUAUUCAUAUUACGUUCAAAGACAGUCUAUUUUUUCACGGUAGAAACGUUCUGUGUACCGGCUGUGAUUAUCUACGAGAUUACGUGCGAAUCGCUACUUCUGCAUAUGCUUUUCUACCAUUGGAAGGUCCAACUCGCUCAUGUAAGAAUGAACUGUCCUUGUUUUGUUUUUAAAUUAAAUCUCAGACAUAUCAGGCACGGUUCCAGGCACGGGGGAGGCCGGGAGAAGGCCAGCCAGCAGGCCCCCUCCUCCUUUUAGCUCCCCUGCCAGGACCAGGCGCCCACCAGCGGAGGGAGGGACGGUACCUCCCGCCCUGGCACCCCCCCCCCCCCAGCCUGGCAGGUGCCCCAGCCGAAGCCAGGCAUCCAGGAGCUACCACCUCGGUGCCCGGAGGGCCCACGGGGCUCGGAAGGUGUUGCCAAAAGUGCAGAGGUGAAGGAAGAGGCCUCCUCUGCCAGGGGCUGCCCCCCUCUUCGGGGAAGAUGGACCUUGGGGUGCAGGUGGGGGUGGGACUCAUACUCUGACCACACACCACCCAGCCCGCCUCCUGUGCUGAUCAGGGAGGGCCUGGGCCUGCACCACCCCCAACCCAAAAGGCCAUGGGACUGGGCCCCCCCAUUCUGACUGCUGCCCCCCCCCCCGCAGCCAGGACUAAAUGGGGGAGACCUGGGGAAGGAGGAAAGCAGAUGCCAACCGAGACCAGUUUUUUCUCUUUGUAUGAGAGCAGAUGCUAUGGGUUUCCCACUGUUACUUCAAGCUGAAACUGUAAGUGGUUUCCUGCCACUCUGUAUGUAGAUAUAUCGACUUUGUAUUAAAGGAAGAUUGUCUGAAA